AUGCCUGACAUCCGGAGUUUCUUUGGCGGAAAGCCAAGUAGUCAAGGCUCCAGCGACGCUCCCGCAAAGCCCGCGGCCAAAAAAGAGGACCCGUCCGCCACGCGAAAGAAGCGUAGCAGAAAGGUCAUCGAUGAUAGCGACGAUGAAGAAGAGGCCGUACCCACCAAAGAGCCGACUCCUAAAGUAAACCCGAAACGGCAAGCGAAACCCGAAGAGCCCAAGGGAGAACCCACAACUUCGUCGGACUAUUUUGCCUCCAGCAAGAAGAAGGGCAAGCCUGCCAAAUCGACAGAGGCUCAGGCCGAGGACACCAAAGAGAAAGUCGCAAGUCCGAAGCCCAAGAAGGCCGCCGCAGAACCUGAGAAGAAGAGCCGGCCCGCCGCUCGCGGAUCAACGAAGAAUGCCUCAAAGGUCAUCGAGGAUGAGAAACUCGGCCACGAUGACAUCUUUGCCACCGAAUAUGGAAAGGCCGGCAAGGGCGACGAUGAUUAUGUCAUGGCAGACGAAGACGACGGCAGUGACUUUGAGGUAUUGGAAGUAAAGCCCGCCGCUGCAGCCAAGAAGACGCAGAAAAAGAAAGAUUCCCGCGAAGACGACGAUGUGGUCAUGGAAGAUCUCCCCAAGGAGCCCGCUCCAAAGGCUCGGCCGGGCCGCAAACGCAAGGCGGAGGCACUCAUUGAUGAGGAUGAAGAUGGGGAAUACGAGGCACCGAAGAAGGCAGCCCCGAAGAAGACUGCAUCGCCAGCAAAGAAGCAAAAGUCUACACCCAAAAAGGCCAAGGACGCUCCGGAGAGCAAAGAGAUCCAAGACAUCUUUGACAGCAUCCCUCUGGUCGAUGCUCCUGAGCCUCCCCAGGGAGAGCCAAAGAAAUGGCAAUUCGGACAACAAGCAUCACGGGACCCAGCGAUGGCUGGGACCAAGGAGAUGCCAGUCGGGCAGGAAAACUGUCUUGCCGGGCUCUCAUUUGUUUUCACUGGAGUCCAGGAAACCCUCGGUCGUGAGGAGGGCGCCCAGCUAGUGAAGAAGUAUGGUGGUAAGGUCACGGGAGCCCCAAGCAGCAAGACGAGCUUUGUUGUCCUUGGAAGUGAUGCCGGUCCAAAGAAGCUCGAAACCAUUGCGAAGCACGGCAUCAAGACCAUCGAUGAAGAUGGUCUCUUCGAAUUGAUCCGACGACUUCCCGCCAACGGCGGUGACGGAAAGGCCGCCGAAAAGUAUGCCGAAAAGCAAAAGGCCGACGAGGAGAAGAUUCGUGUUAUGGCCGCUGAAAUUGAUGCCGAGGAGAAGCGAAAGAAGGCUGCCGCGACUCCUAAAACCCCCAAGACUGCUGCGCCCUCAUCUCAGGCAUCUCAGCCGCCGUCUAGCCCGCAAACUUCGGCCGGCGAUCUUUGGACGACGAAAUAUGCUCCCACAUCUCUCAACAUGAUCUGUGGUAAUAAGGCCCCAGUUGAGAAGAUCCAGAACUGGCUGCGCAACUGGCACAACAGUGCCAAGUACGACUUCAAGAAGGGUGGCAAGGAUGGCUCAGGUCUGUACCGGGCUGUCAUUAUUCACGGUCCCCCGGGCAUUGGUAAAACCACAGCAGCCCAUCUUAUAGCAAAGCUGGAGGGAUACGAUAUUGUUGAGACCAAUGCCAGUGACACCAGAAGCAAGAAGCUUGUUGAGAGCUCUACUCUGGGCGUACUGGAUACGACGUCUCUUCAAGGUUACUUCGCCGGAGAGGGAAAACAGGUCGAGGGCGAAAAGAAGAAGCUUGUGCUCAUCAUGGACGAAGUGGAUGGUAUGUCUGCCGGUGACCGUGGAGGUGUGGGAGCUGUCGCAGCCGUUCUCAAGAAGACCAGGAUUCCAAUCAUCCUUGUCUGCAAUGAACGCAAGCUUCCCAAGAUGAAACCCUUCGACCAUGUUACCUUCGAUAUUCCAUUCAGACGCCCGACUGCCGAGCAAAUCCGAGCAAGACUAUCCACCAUCUGCUUCCGAGAAGGCCUGAAGAUACCCCCUCCUGUACUCGAUGGCCUCAUUGAAGGAACGCAUGCCGAUAUCCGCCAGGUUAUCAACAUGUUAUCCACCGCCAGGUUGGAUCAGAAGACUCUCAACUACGACGAAGGCAAGCAUAUGUCAAAGGCAUGGGAGAAGCAUGUGAUCCUUAAGCCCUGGGAUAUUGUUAGCAAAAUUCUUAGUGCACAGAUGUUUUCACCCAGUUCUACCGCUACGCUGAACGACAAGGUCGAGCUCUAUUUCAACGACCACGAGUUCAGCUAUCUGAUGCUCCAGGAGAAUUAUGUUAAGACUAAACCCACUCUCGCGGGCAAAUACCAGGGCAAGGAGCAACGUCUCAAGUCACUUGAGUUGCUUGACAAUGCCGCCUCGAGUAUCAGUGACGGCGACCUUGUUGACCGUAUGAUUCACGGAACACAGCAACAGUGGAGUCUGAUGCCCGUUCAUGCCAUUUUCAGCUUUGUCCGGCCUGCCAGCUACCAGUACGGUAACUUCAGUGAACGGGCUUCAUUUACUAGCUGGUUAGGGAACAACAGCAAACAUGGAAAAAUGUCCCGAUAUGUCAAGGAAAUUCAGGGCCACAUGCGCCUUCGCACAACUGGCAACCGCGACGAGAUCCGCCAGCAGUACAUGCCCUUGCUCCAGCAAAAAAUGAUUCGCCGUCUGAUGGAAGAGGGCAAGGAAAGUGUGGACUCGGUCAUUGAUUUCAUGGAUGGAUACUUCCUCACCCGUGACGACUUUGAUGCCAUGGUCGAAUUAGGACUGGGUCCUAUGGACGAGUCCAACGUCAAGCUGGACACACAGACCAAGGCCACCUUCACGCGUCUAUACAACUCGCGCUCGCAUCCAUUGCCUUUCAUGAAGGCUAGUAACGUGGUUGCGCCGAAGAAGGGACCGAAGGAGAAGCCCGAUCUCGAAGAUGCUAUUGAAGAAUCCGACGAGGAGGAAGUUGUUAAUGAGAUUAAGGAUGAUGAGGAAGACGAACUCGAUCUGAAGAAGGAUAAGUAUGUGAGCUUGCCUAAGAAGAAGAAGGCUCCGGCCAAGGGCAAGAAGGCUAAGAAGGCUGAUGAGGAGGAGGAAGAGAAGCCGAAGAAGGGCAAGGCAAAGGGCAAGGCUAAGGCUUGA